AUGACAGUUUUUAUCAGUCUUUAUCUAUGAGUUUACCUCUGUGUAUGUGAUCGUGAUCUCUGCUCUCUGCUCGAUAUCGAUUUGUUUGUUGAUAAACACACAGCAUAAAUUAUUUAGUUUGAGUGUUUGUAGGGCCAAAGACUAAAUACUCUUUGGUAGAAUUAAAGCCGGCGUUUAGUGUUUUUGCGCUUAAAAAUUACUCGCACAUUUAGAUUACUACUCUAAGAAAAUGCCGAAAGAUCCUAUUCAGAAAAAGAAAAUAUUGAAACAUCAUCAACAACAAGCAUAUUGCACAUCUAGACCAGCCUACAGGCAAGGAAGAAAAUUCACAGCAAUUAAGGCUUAUACGGUUAAUAAUGAAUCCCAGCACUUGUACAUUUAUGGAGUGCCCCAAAUUAAUUUGAGAAAAGAAUUGAAGAAUCUCUGCGCUAGAUAUGGAGAGUUAGAUAGGACUGCUGUUGUUCAAGAGGUCGACACCGAGGUUUUCACUGAAUGUUUCCACGUGCAUUUUACAAACAUUCAGUCUGCAAGAAGGGCUAAAAGGCUAUUGGAUCAAAGGUCUUUCUAUGGAGGCGUUCUACACGUUUGUUAUGCGCCAGAAUGUGAGAGUAUGCUGGAAACUAAAUCGAAAUUAGAUCAAAGGAAAAUGGACGUUAUUAAACGGUUGAAAAAUGGAUAAAAUUACAUUUGAACACGAAUGGUCCGUUCUAUUGUUUGUGAUUUGGAUCCUGUGGAGAAGAAAACAAUUGCAAUUUACAUCAGUUCAAAGCAAAAAUAAAUCUGUUUGUAUGUUCUUAUAAAAGAUACAUACAUGUGUAUAUGUAUAAUAGAUAUUCUAAACUUUGUU